GUGCAACUUAACUGUUUAUUUCUCGUUUCGGCUACAUGUGGAUGUCGAAUCGUUCAUGUGUUCAAAUGCAUUUGUUUAAACCAGGCUGUGGUCGUAUUUUCACUAGUAUUAUAUCUUCUCGCGGAUAAAUGAACCUGGACGAUGUCUGAAAGCAGCAGUGAAGAGGAAAACGCUGACAGAUUUAAAGAGGCAGCGUGGAGUUUUGGAUCUCAGGAUGUCAAGAUCUGUGGAGAAGAGAAAGUCAGCAGUGGCAGGCAAAGUCAUAGAACAGAAGUUUCAAAACAUGAACAUGAUGGCAAUGAGCUCGGGACAACACCAGAGUUCAGAUCCCAUGUGGCAAAAAAGUUAGGAGCCAUAUUGGAUGGGUGUAUUUCAGAGGUGUGUUCUGAUACUGUUGCUUCACAACCUUGUCAGCCUAAAAGUACAGACGAAGAGAAGGAUGAAGGUUUUCGUCUCUUCUUCACUUCUGCUCCUGGAAAAUGGAUGGAGCGUGAAGAGUUAUCUCCACCCCAAAAAAAGAGACGCCCAGUUCCCAGCUCUAGUGACAGUGACAGUGAGAUGGAGAUGAGGUUUCGAGAAGCUGCAGUGUCUGUUUCAGAUCUGCUUGCCCCUUCAGCUCCACCCCUCGCAGAGAAGAAAAGUGGAGAGACAGAGGAUGGAGGGGAGAAUGACACUGCAGACACAGUACCAAAGAAAAGAAAGCGAAAAAGGAAAAGAAAAAUGGCCACAGAAGCAAGUGAGAAAGUUAUUGUUCAGUUUGAGAAACAAUCUAAUGGAGAUCCAGAUGAGCAGCACACUGUAACAGAAAAUUUGACAAAGAAAAAGAAGAAAAAGAAAAGGAAAAAAUUGGAAGAUGGAUGAAAUGGCAGUGUUGAAUGAUAGUCUGAUUGUUCUGGAUUUAAACAGAAGUUAUUUACUCGGUUUCUAUUUUCAUCUGGAUUUUGUUUUAUAAUGUUCAUGUUUUACAAUGUUUAUUGUACAGUAAAUUUCUUACCAAAAAAACAAGAUCUUGCUUUAUUCAUGCAACAACACU